AUGAGAUGGUUGAAGGAUGGUGAUAGAAAUACAAAGUUCUUUCACUUAUAUAUUGAGGGAAGAAGAAAGAAACUGGCAUUGCACAACAUUCAGAAUAGUCAAGGGGACUGGAUAAGCUCUAAUAGUGACAUUGGACAGGAGGCAGUUUCUUUUUAUCAGGACCAGUUCAGACGUCAGCCUACUUCUACUGAUUAUGAGAUGCUGAAGAAAAUUCCUACAUUGAUCACUGAGGAACAAAAUGAGUCACUAAUAGCUCUCCCUAGUACCAAUUAUGAGAUUCUUAAUGGUGACAGUACCAGUGGACCAGAUGGUUUUCAGGAUUGUUCCAAUUCUGCCUAUAUCGUCUCCAACACUCAAACUGAUUUUGUUAAAGAAAGAAGCAUUGUGGAGAAUGUAUUGUUGCCACAAGAAAUCAUCAGAGACAUAAAUAAGAGAAACAAACUGCACAAUGUGGUUGUUAAACUUGAUAUGGCAAAAGCAUAUGACAGGGUUUCAUGGAUAUAUUUGACAAAAGUAUUAAAGCAGUUUGGUUUUUCUGAUGUGGUGAUACAUAUGUCUCAUCGCUUUUUUCACUCCUCAAGAGGACUGAAACAACGUGAUCCACUUUCCCCAACUCUAUUCAUUAUUGCAGCAGAAGUUUUGGCCAGAAACUUGAACAGUUUACAUGAGGAUUCUGCAUUCAAGGGAAACUAUGAGAAGAUAUCAUAUCAGUUGGACAAUAAGGAUAAGAGUUCUUUCUAUUUGCAUGAGAAAGUUCCAGUUAAUAUUGUGCGUAGAGUAAGAAGAAAAACUGGAAUGAGGAAAUGCUCCUUCCCUUUUACAUAUCUGGGGUGUCCAGUCUUCUAUGGUAGAAGGAAGAUUGUCUAUUAUGAUAGUCUUAUCAAAAAGGUUAUGAAUAAAGUGAUGUCUUGGCAAAACAGAAUGCUUUCAUUUGGUGGAAGAUACAUUUUGAUUGCACAUGUACUACAAACAAUGCCUGUUUAUUUAUUGUUUGCAAUGAAUCCUUUGAAAGGGGUCAUAGAUCAAUUACAUAAGAUUUUUGCCAAGUUCUUUUGGAGUAAUACUGCUGGUGUGAAAGGAAAGCAUUGGGUUGCUUGGGACAAAAUGUGUCUGCCAAAGGAUGAGGGGGUUCUUUGCUUCAGACCUCUCCAUGACAUAUCAAAAGCACUUUUUGCAAAAGUCUGUUGGAACUUCAGAACUUCAAUCUAUUUAUGGGGAGCAUUUACGGGAAACAAGUACUUCUUAAAGCCGCAUCAUGUAAUUGCUCAAGACAAAGGAGCUUCACAUGCAUGGAAGAAGAUAGUGGCCGUUAGAGAGGAAGUUGAACAUCAGAUAUGGUGGCAAUUGAAAUCAAGUACUUCUAGCUCGUGGUUUGAUAAUCGGACAAAACAAUGCACUUUAUACUUUGUAGAUAAUGAGCUAGCUAUUGAUGAAGAAAUAGAAGUAAAGAAGUUUAUAUCUGGUGGAGUAUGGAAUCUGCAAAAAAUAUUGGCAGUUCUCUCUUCAGAAACUGUUUCUCAUAUUCAGGAAGACAUAAAUCCAACACUGCUGGACGUUGAUAAUAACAAGGCAUGGUGGAUGUGUGAAAACAAUGGUAAAUUCAUUGUCAAAAGUGCAUGGGAGGAAACAAGACAUAAGCAGGAGAGCUAUGCAGCAUACAAAUACAUCUGGUUAAAGGGAUUGCCUAUUAAGAUAAGUUUUUCCUAUGGAGGGGCUGCAACUGCAGCAGAUGAUCGUACUAUAAUGGAAACCAACUGCACCUUCCAAGCUGCAAAGUAUUUUUUAGGCUAUUCCUGCUAUCCUAAUGUGCUAAAUAUGGAAGAGAAGAAAUUCAAUCAAGCAUGGCUUCCUCCAGACUGGCCUGCCGUUAUAGACUUUUUGAGCAAUUAUAAACUAAAACUGCAAUUUUGCAAAGUAAAAUGGAAGAUGCCACAGCAUGGUCUGAAAUGCAACACUGAUAGGGCAUCACAAGGAAAUUUGGGUCAUAGUUCAUAUGCUUUUUAUAUUAGAGAUGACAGAAGAGAUGUUGUUUAUGCACAGGCCAACUAG